AUGGACAAGAUUGUUAAGCGUGUGGCGCACGCCCAGCGUUCUGCCAGCCGCAGAACUCAAAGGGCCACGAGGCGACAGAAGAUCCUGUCAUACUAUCGCGCCGACAACACGAUAAAGGUGGCCAACCGAGAAAUCAUCGAUAACAUUAAGGACGCCAAAAAGGCCACAAAGGAGGACUGGGAGCUUGGCCCCCUGGCUCCGCAGCGCGAUCUGGGCUUCAACAACUACGGUGUCGUCACGCAACCCAUCCGUCAGGACUGGAGCAAUUACGGCCAGAUCAGGUACCAGACCAAGCUUGCCGAACAGCGAUGCGCCUGGGCCGGCGGUGCCAAGAUGCUUAACCUAGCACCGGGCGACAGAGUUGUCAUCUUCGAGGGCCACGACAAGGGCAAAAUUGACACCAUCAAGACGAUUCAACCCGAGACUGGCUCCCUUACGCUAGAAACCCACAAUAGAGCCAUGGUCAAGAGCGUCACAAAGGACACCAUCAUCAGACAGUUGAAGGCCGUGCCACCGAGAAUGGAAUCGCCCAACAUGACCAUUGAGCGCUGGCGCUACGGCAACAAAUGGGACCGCAUAGUUCCCAGCCUCAACAGGAUCAUCCCCUGGCCCGAGACGGUGGCACCUGAGUUCGAGAUGACGGCCAGCGACACUGCCCGUGAUCAAGUCGAGGAGCGCACCUUCUACUACAGCCUCACUGCUUCGCCCAUGCCCGAGGGCGUCAUUGAUGAGCUGCGUAACAAGUACUCCAAGUUCCGUACCAGACACGAGGAUUGGUACGUGGACGCGCAAGAGGCCGAAACUCGGGCCAAGGAGAACAGAAACCAGAAGGUGCGCGACAUGCAGACACCGCUGGAGGAGUUCAAUGAGAUGCAGCGCGCAAUCCGUGAUGUCGCCGGCGAGCCUGAGCUAUCAGAGGAUAUGCUGGCUAAGAUUGGCAAGGUCAUGGCCAAGAGCAAGGCUGAAGUUUUGGAAAGAUCUGGUGUAUCAGAGGUUGAAUCGAAGUAG